AUGGUGACCGAUGCCCCCAGCCUACGAGGAAACGCAUAUCAAGAUUGGUGGGAUGAUCUCCAAAACACUGCUCCAGAAAUGCCCGCAGUACUACUGCCUUGGGAGACCCAAACAGUUCCGGCAUACCCAACGCAAACUCCUGAAUGUGAGGAUAAGAGCGAGCCGACGGUGCCGUCUGUUACGCCUGAGAAGUCUUUGCUUAACUUUGCGACAACUUCACAAGUCUGGGAGCCUCCACAGAUCCGGGAACUAUUCCUUCCCUACUCCUCUUCCGCCACUUGCGUCCAAUGGCGCAUACUUGAUCAUUAUACCACCUGUUUAUCCUCAACUUUGACGGUUAAAAAGUCUCAAUGGAGCUUUUUCUCGUAUAUGACACGCUUGGUGGAGCGGACUCCUACCUCCCCCUUGAGGAACAGUGUGCUCGCGUGGGCGGGUACACAUAUUGGCCUCACGGACAGCAGUAUUGCGCAAGUGGUCCAGGACCAUUAUGUCGCCGCCUCUAAACAAGUGCUAACAAUGACAGCUGAUACGCUCACCAAGGGAUCGAUGGUAACGAAAGGCAUGACUGCACGUCGUUCAGAUAUGAUGACCAUGGUCUUGCUUUCGUUCUUUUCCUUGUGUCAGAGGGACAUCAUGACUUGCGAUUGCAAGAUGUUUCGCCGCCACAUGUUAGCGUUGAGAAACCUCAUCUUCGACCAUUGGCGGAAAUUUCGGGAAAGCCUCAACAGUGUUGGACUGAGAAUUCUACUCUGGCUUUCUUAUCUGGAAGUUCGAGCUUUAAUAUGGACCCCGUCUGAGCUUUUCAAUGAGCCGAAGCACCCUAGCAUCAUUGAAUUCCUAGGUAGGAACGAGAAUCUUCACCAACUAUACCGCAAGAGCCGAUCGUACCUAAGGGAAGCGUUUGGUGCAGAUUAUCCCAGCUCCGAACUCAGGGAUGAUAUGCUCCAGGAUGCGGCCAACUCCAAAUGGCUCGAUCUGAUGUUGCUCACGAGCCGUAUCGCGUCUCUGAAGUGGAACGGGGAGGCCAAAGACUGCAAUGGUUCCAUGAUCGAAGUUGUUGAUGAGAGGGCUGUUCGCGAGCUACAGGCGGAUCUGGCUGAGAUAAAUGAGGACUGUGAGCUUUCUUUGCAGAGCUAUGAGGAUGGAGGAACCAUCGUGGUUAGCCGAUCCUCCUAUCACUGGCUCAAUCUGAGAAUGGCACACAACUGUUCCCUAUCUUGCUCAACCGGUUUAUAAAGGCAGACAGAAGCAUCGAUUUGGAAUCCGCCCAUGCAGCCAAAGAGACUUUGAAGAUCAUCCUCAAGUUGAAGAAUGCGAAUCUUCUUCAUAACCCGCAUACAAUAUGGUCGCCCCUUGCCAUUUUCAUUGCAGGUAUCGAAAUCGAGGACGAGAUCUAUCAAGACUGGAUUUUGGAUUUAUUAGCAGGCUUCCUCAUCUGGGGUCCAAACAUGGGC